UAUGACUGUAUUUUAACAAAUACCAAACCAAAAAAAGGGAUAAUGUUGGUAACCAUAAACACAAAGUAGUCCCUGGGGGUUGCCAUGGUGCAGUGAGGUGAACCUACAGCCAAAUAAUUUCCCUCUCUAGCCGAUGCAGUGCUCACUGUGGCCCCCAGGGAAGAAUGGAAAGACCAGGAUUGAAACCAGUGUGCCAGUGCUGUUACUACUGUAGGAGCUGGCAGGGUCAGAAGAGAGCCGGUCGUUAACAGUGCAGAGGUGAUUCCUCACCUUUUAGAAGUACAAGUUGAAGAUUAAAGGAGGAUUAAAGUUUACCAGUUCUUGCAUCAGGAGUGCACCAGCCCAAGGCAAUGGGAUAUGAUAUAGAGCGCUUUGUUGGCUACGUCAAUGACGGUCUGCUGUGCUGUAUCUGUCGGGAUGUGCUGGAGAAUCCACUGCAGGCACCCUGCGAACAUGCCUACUGCACCUCCUGUAUCCAUGGGUGGUUGGUUCACCACCACAACUGCCCUGAAGACAGACAGGCCCUUGAUUUAUCCAUGCUGCGACCCUUAUUCAGGUACAUGCGAAAUGACUUGAAUCGACUGCAGAUCCGAUGCCGGAACAGAGAACAUGGCUGUGAAAUGGUGUGUUCUCUUGAAUCCGUGGACAGACAUGAGAGAGAGUGUGAAUACAGCCGAAUUCCCUGCACAAAUGCUAGCUGCCCGAUGCAGGUUGAGCGACGAAACCUGGAGGCACACCUGGCGGUCUGUGAGUACCGUAGUAGGGAGUGUCUGAAUGGUUGUGGCUACACCAUUCUCAAUGCUGACGACACUCAUCACAACUGUGUAGCAGAGCUGAGGACAGAGCUGGAGCUGCUCAGGUCUGAGAUGAUAUGUAAAGUUGAAGAAGUAAGGCAUGAAAUGGAAUCCCGACUGGACUCGCAGAGACGACACAUGGUGCAGAAGGAAAGCCUGCUUAAAAAUGAAAUUGAGGAACUGAAGAGCCAGAUGUCGCGGGUGAUGUCAGACGUGCGCACUCUGCUGGCGGCGGAGCGGUUGCACAGGCAGGAUCUUGAGCAGGCUGACCUGGAGAAGAGGGAGCUCCUGGAGUUGCUCAAGAGCCUACAGCGAGAUGCCCGUGCUGGCAGCAACAUUGCUGAGGGGGGUGUCCGCAAAACCAGCGGCUCCCGAACCCUCGCCCGCCUUGACAGCAUCAAGAGGAAACCCAGAGAGGUCACCGUCAUCUAAGCCUGUAUUUCAGGGGCCUUUACCGAGACGAUUGGAUUACAGCUGGCCCAUCGCAUAAUUAAGAACAAAGAAAGUGGUGCUGGGAGGAUACACAAUGAUUUAGACAACAUGCUGUCUAUGCAAUUAUACAGAUCAGGUCCUCAAAUCAACUCUGCAAACUGCCAUUCAACAAUUGAAGAACUGUUAUAGCAUUAAGUAAGUGAUAGCACUGCCACUGAGGACUAAUGUAGAAGUAGAUGGAACAUAUUUUUUGCUAUUAUUUUAGGUCACUGAAGUUCUUGUAAUUUAUCAAUUUUUUCUGAGUUUUAUUACCUUUGAAGUUUGUCAAUUGUGUAGUUUUUUUUUUUUUUUUUUUUGCAUAUAACUAAUAGUAUAUAAUGUUUCAUUACUUU